GCAUGAUUAUAUUUAUUUUGAAAGAACAAAAAAAAUAAGUGAGUCACUCUCGUAAUCUGAUGCAUGGUAAGACUUUUACAAACGAAACCACUAGAAAAUCAUAAUUCGAGCGUGCAAGACUCGGGAGUUCUGCGAACGCAGUUGAGUAAAAGGCAAGAGUCCAUCGAGCAGAAAAUUAUACGGACACGGACGCUGACACAGAGCAGCUCACUCUCGGGACCAGUUUUUCGAAGGGAGAAGAAUGGCAGCUCCGGAGAAAUCAGGGUCCUCCAGCUCUUCACCGGCGACCGCCAAAAACUACGCUUAUUUCAAGAAGCUGCACGACGCGGCCUUCAGACUUGUGGAAAAUGGCAUUGAGCUUGAACAGGAUGGACGAACGCAGGAGGCUGUUUCGUCAUACGAGAGUGGCUUGGGACUAAUUGACAAGGCCCUGGAAAUCUACAUUGAGAGUGACUCCAAUCCCCAGUGGGACACAUACUUUGAGCAGAUCGUCAAGAUGAAAAAUGCCAAAAAAGAUGUCCAGAGUCGUUUGGCCACUCUUCAACGCCCUCCAGCUGCUCUGAAUGGUGGCAACAACCUUGACCUGCAGUUGCCAGCCGACCCACCAUCUUAUGAAGAAGCAACAAGUCCAACGUCGCCCUACGCCACCGUCAGCCAUGCCCUCAACCAGAUUAGGAUGGACAAUGCCAUUCCAGAUAAUGAUGUCCUGUACAGGCAGGAUGGCGUCCGAAUGUACUUCAUAGCACCUGACGGCAAUGUCAGCUCUUUGUCGGAACCUCUUCCUCUCACCAUUGCUCAAGUUCAAGCUGAAAAUGAAAUCGCACCCACCUACUACAUGCACAUCGGCAGCUGGGUUUACCCUUUAGUGCCAGGUGUGUCUCCCAUGCUUCACUCCAAGUCCGGCGCCUUGAUCAUUCCCGACCUCCAAGCUUCGGUCCCAGGUUCCACAGUAGGGCUAAUUUUACCCGAGGACGCUGACGGCUCCGUUUUGGAGAUCCUGGACGACCUCCUCCAGGGCAUUUUGCAGCCCCAACCCACUGGGGUACCCCCACCUCCCAUUCCGGAAGCUGGCCCUGCUGCGGACAGGGUCAGUCAGCGAAUCUCACAGGGAAUCGUCACUGGAGCCCAGUAUCUCUCAUUCGGACUGGUCAAGGGAGCCGAAUAUGCCGGCAGUCUUCUCAACAAGGGCACACCUGUGCUCAUCCAGCACCUCCAGCCAGCCAAUGAACCCAAACCGGUGUCCCGUAAUGUGAAGAAGAGUCUCAAAGUGGCCAGGGAUGUCACAGGAACUGCAGUCACUGUCACAAGUUACAUUGCCGGCAAAGUUGGCGCCGCCACCAUGUCUCUUGGCCGCUUUUUAGCACCUCAUGUGCAAGCCCAGGGUACUAAACUUCUCACCAGCAUGUCUGGACUCUCAGAAAACGAAGCCAGUAGCAGAAUGGAAGGUGCACUUGAGGUAACAGCUGGCGCCGUCCAUGGGUUUACCACGGUCUAUGGAGCUUUGGAAAACGCUGCCACCAUUCUUGCCAAAAACCUUGCCGACAACACUGUUCAGGUGGUCCAGCACAAAUAUGGUCCGCAAGCGGGAGAGGUCGCUGAAGACACUUUGGCCACCGUGGGAAAUGCAGUCGUUGCUGGACAUACAGCCCAAGCUUUUACUGUCAAGGGAAUCGCCAAGAAGACGGCCAAGAAUGCAGGAAAGGCGUUGGUUGAGGAUUACCAGGUCAAGGUGGCUCAAGAGGCUAAAGAGGACGAAGACGAGGGAGAGGAAAAAGACAAGAACAAAGCAGGACCAUCCAAGAACUGAUAAUUAGCAAUUUUUUAGGAAAAGUUUGUCUAAUGCAACUAUGUAUGAAAUUAUGUGAUGUUAAUCAAGGGUGUCUACUAUGUGAUCAAGUCGAGAUAUAUAAAGUAACUUUUGCCGCACGACAUUCAUGGAACUGAAUCUAUGUCUAUGUAAUUUAUAAUAUUAUGAAAGCAGUUUUUUAGUGUUUUUUAGUUGCACUCUGUUUAACAGAAGAUCCAUUUGCAGUUGUUCCUCAGCUUCUCGUUGCAAGAAAUAAAAGAAUUUCAUUUUAAAACCAAGA